AUGGCUGGCGGCAAGGGCAAGACGGGCGGAAAGACGGGCGGCAAAGCAGGUGCAGACUCGAGCGGCAAGUCGCAAAAGUCUCACUCCGCCAAAGCUGGUCUCCAGUUCCCCUGCGGCCGUGUCAAGCGAUUCCUCAAGUCGCAGACCCAGAACAAGAUGCGCGUCGGAGCCAAAGCGGCCGUCUACGUCACCGCCGUCCUCGAAUACCUGACCGCCGAAGUGCUCGAGCUCGCGGGGAACGCGGCGAAGGAUCUCAAGGUGAAGCGCAUCACGCCGCGCCAUCUGCAACUCGCCAUCCGAGGUGACGAAGAGCUGGACACCCUCAUCCGCGCCACCAUCGCCUUUGGUGGUGUGCUUCCGCACAUCAACCGCGCGCUGCUGUUGAAGGUCGAGCAAAAGAAGGGCAAGAAGGCCGUCGAGGCAUAG